AUGGCUGCUCCUAACGGUACCACCGGCAAUGACUUCACUGUCAAGGCUGGUCUCGCUCAGAUGUUGAAGGGUGGCGUGAUCAUGGAUGUGGUGAACGCUGAGCAGGCUCGCAUCGCCGAAGAAGCCGGUGCCGCCGCCGUCAUGGCCCUCGAGCGUGUCCCCGCCGAUAUCCGCGUUGAGGGUGGCGUUGCACGCAUGUCCGACCCCGGCAUGAUCAAGGAGAUUAUGGAGGCCGUGACUAUCCCCGUUAUGGCCAAGGCUCGUAUCGGACACUUCGUUGAAUGCCAGAUCCUCGAAGCUAUCGGCGUUGAUUACAUUGACGAGUCCGAGGUCCUCACUCCGGCCGACGAUGUCUACCACGUCACCAAGCACGGUUACAAGGUCCCCUUCGUUUGCGGCUGCCGCAACCUCGGCGAGGCCCUGCGCCGCAUCUCUGAGGGCGCCGCCAUGAUCCGCACCAAGGGUGAGGCCGGAACCGGCGAUGUCGUCGAGGCCGUUAAGCACAUGCGCACUGUCAAUGCCCAGAUCAGCCGUGCCCGCGGUAUCCUCCUCGCCAGCCAGGACCCCGAGCCUGAGCUGCGCGCUUUCGCCCGUGAGAUCGAGGCCCCCUACGAGCUUGUCCGCCAGGCUGCUGAGCUCGGUCGCCUGCCCGUUGUUAACUUCGCCGCUGGUGGUGUUGCAACCCCCGCCGAUGCGGCACUCAUGAUGCAGCUGGGCUGCGACGGCGUCUUUGUUGGCUCCGGUAUCUUCAAGUCUGGUGAUGCUAAGAAGCGCGCCCGCGCUAUCGUCCAGGCUGUCACGCACUACAAGGACCCUAAGGUCUUGGCCGAGGUCAGCCAGGGUCUUGGUGAGGCUAUGGUUGGCAUUAACGUCAAGCACUUGCCCGAGGCGGAGAAAUUGGCCGGCCGUGGCUGGUAA